AUGUACCUGACACCAUACAGGGAAUCAGUGACAUUUGAAGAUGUAGCUGUAGACUUCACCCAAGAAGAGUGGGCCCUGCUGGACACAUCCCAGAGAAACCUGUACACAGAGAUGCUGGAAAGUAUCCGUCUUAUGGUCUCCAUGGGGUAUCAGCAUUGCAAAUCAGAGGUGAUUUUCCAGUUGGAGCAAGAAGAGCUGUGGAGUGGAGGAACAGGAUUUCUCCAAGGCCAGAGUCCAGGCAGAGAGAGUGCCCUUAAAGAACAAGAAAUGAUAGCCACACAACAUGUCAGCAAGAAGCACACAUCUACAAUCAUGCCAAGGAAAUCUCACACUCCAGAGGAUCCCUUUGAAUGUAGUGAUUUGGGAGAAGAUUUCACUGAUAGCUCCACAUUGACUCAACAAUCCUUAACUCACCCAGAAAAGAAACCCUAUGUCAGCAAACAGUGUCAAAAAUCCCUUAGUGAUCAAUCAUGCUUUAAUCAACAUAAGCAGAUUCACUCUAGAGGUAAAUCAUGUGCGUGCCAUCUGUGUGGGAAAGCCUUUAGUAAUUGCUCUAGCCUUAGACGACAUGAGAUGACUCACACUGGAGAGAAACCGUAUGAAUGCCGUAUCUGUGGGAAUGCCUUUAUUCAAAGUUCUGACCUUAGAAAACACAAUCUAACUCACACUGGAGAGAAACCGUAUGAAUGUCAUCUCUGUGGGAAAGCCUUCAGUCAGUCCUCUAACCUCAGACAGCAUGAGAGAACGCACACUGGAGAGCAACCCUAUGAAUGUCAUCUAUGUGGGAAAGCGUUCAGUAAAUGUUCUGCCCUUAGACGACAUGAGAGAACUCACACUGGAGAGAAACCAUAUGAAUGCCAGCUGUGUGGGAAAUCCUUCAGUCAAUGUUCUGCCCUUAGACGACAUGAGGGAACUCACAAUGGAGAGAGAAUCAUGAAUGCCUUCACUAAAUAUUCUGACUUGAGAUGACAUGGUAAUAUAAUUGUAAUGAAUGUGGAAGAAACAUCAAUCAUAGUUUUAACAUUUAAACACAUCAGAGGACUCACAUUGAAGAAACACUGUCUGUAAUCAAUGUGGAAGAUCCUUUAGUCAUCUUUCUUUGACAUACACAAAUCUAUAUGGAAGAGAAUCAUGUGUGUGACAACUGUGUGGCAAAACCUUCAGUCAGCGUUCUGAGCGUAGAUGACCUGAGAGAACUCACACUGUAAAUAUAAGGAAUGUAGACGUGUUCAGCAACAGCUCUAAACUUUAAACACACUAGAGGUCUCACACAGAGGAGGACCCCUAGGUCUAUAGUCAAUGUGCGAAUAUUCUCAUUUAUAAUCCAUGGAUAAACAACAAGAGCAAACUCCACUUGGGAGAACCCCUAGGUCUGUAAUCACUGUCAACAAAUAUGCAGCUGAGUACCAGGCGUAGCAUGUGCAGGAAGACUCAGUGAAGGAAUAACC